AGGACCCUGGGCGCGCAGAGGACCGGGCGGCGCGCUGGAGGGAAUGGGCCCCGCCGGCCCCGGCGCCCCGGCCCCGCACCGCACCUAGGGGCGGCGGAGGAGGCCGAUGUCCCCGGCAGGAACUCAGGGGAAAGCCACCCGAGUGGCUCCAAGGACCUCAGCCACUAUGGCCUCCUGCCCAGACUCCGAUAAUAGCUGGGUGCUCGCCAGCUCUGAGAACCUGCCCGUAAAGACCCUGGGCCCUCAAUCCAGGAUGGACCUAACAUCCGAGGGGGUCCCCCCGCCUCCUCAGGACCCCUCCAAGGCAGAUGAACCAUUAGCUGAGACCUUGGAUGGAGAAGGGACCCCUUUCCACAUGGAACACUCCCAGAAUGAGGGUGCCACGCUGCCCAAGGGGGAGACCAAGGCCAAGGUCUCCUCUAACGGCUGUGGUACGGAGCCGCCUCCGGGAGACACGGUGGUCCAGGAAGACUUGCAGGAGACUCCUGUGGUCACGAGCCUGGGACCAGACACACAGGAUCUGGAAGACGAAACCUCCCCACAGAACGUGCCCUCGAGUCCCAAAGCAGUUUGGGGCAGGGCAGAGGGCCGCUGCUCCAGCAGCGACGACGACACUGACGUGGACGUGGAAGGUCUGCGGAGACGGUGGGGCCGGGAGCCGAGCCCAUCUCAGCCCCCGGCACCCGUGGGUGUGGAAGACCAGCCCCGCGGCAAGGGUGUGGGGGGAGAGCUAGGCAUCUCCCUCAACAUGUGCCUCCUGGGGGCCCUGGUUCUGCUGGGACUGGGGGUCCUCCUCUUCUCUGGACACAUGGAGGAAGCAGAGGUGCAGGUCUUCCCAGAUACUGGGUUGGAGACCGAGUUGGUGGAUGCCUUGGACCACAGCCAGGAACAGCUGCAGGCCUCGGUGCCCUUGGACAGUGGUGUCCCCAGCCUGCAGAGCAUGGGUCUUCUCCUGGACAGGCUGGCCAAAGAGAACCAGGACAUCCGGCUGCUGCAGGCCCAGCUGCAGGCCCAAAAAGAGGAGCUUCAGAACCUGAUGCACCAGCCCAAGGGUCUCGAGGAGGAGAAUGCCCAGCUCCGGGGCGCCCUGCGGCAGGGCGAGGCCUCUCAGAGGGCCCUGGAGUCAGAGCUUCAACAGCUGAGGGCCCGGCUCCAGGGGCUGGAGGCUGGCUGUGUCCGAGGCACAGACGGAGUGUGCCUCAGCUGGGACAGAGGCCCACAGGGUGGCCAGGCUACCAAGGAUCAGGGUCAGAGGGGUCAGGGGCCGGAUGCCAGCUUCCUGGAGCAGCAGAAGCGCCUGGAAGCCGAGGCCCAGGGCCUCAGGCAGGACCUACAGAGGCAGCGGGAGCUGCUGGAAUCCGUGCAGCAGGAUUUGCGGAGGGGCUUGCGAGGCGUCGGCAAAGGGGCCCCCACUCAUGCUGGCCUGGCUGAACUUGGCCACAGGUUGGCCCAGACGCUGAAGGGCUUAGAGAACUGGGGUGGGGACCGCGGGGUUCCUGCCAAUGCCUCGGAGGCCUGGCGUCACAAGCCCCGCUCCCAAAGCCCCAGGGAGAGGAGCGGGAAGGAGAAGUGGCGGGAGGAGCAAAAAGACCCGAAGGCUGAGCCCUGGAAGCCCAGGAAGGGGGACCCUGGCUGGGAGAGGAAGAAGAGCUGGGGGCUUGAGGAGGACAGAAGGCCAGCAGGGAGGUGGAAGGAGAGCAAGCCAAGCAUGGAGAAGUGGAGGGGCAGAAAGGAUGCCAAGCACCAGGACCCCGGGGCACCCCCGAGGAAGAGCUCUCCCUCCGGGGAGAGGCAGUUGCCUCCCCUGUCCCCCUGGGAGGAGCUGCUGAGGCGCAAGUACCGGCCCCCCCAGGGCUGCUCCGGGGUGCAAGAGUGUGCCCGGCAGGAGGGCCUGGCCCUCUUUGGCUCCGAGCUGGCCCCGGUGCAGCGGCAGGAGCUGGCUUCUUUGCUGAGAACGUACCUGGCACGGCUGCCCUGGGCCGGGCCGCUGACCGAGGAGCUUCCCCUCUCACCUGCCUACUUUGGCGAGGAUGGUAUCUUCCGCCACGACCGCCUUCGCUUCCGAGACUUCGUGGAUGCCCUGGAGGACAGCCUGGAGGAGGUGGCGGUGAGGUGGACGGGUGAUGAUGAGGAGGUGGAUGACUUUGAGGAUUUCAUCUUCAGGCACUAUUUUGGAGACCGAGCACUCAAGAGGUCUGGGAAGAAGGACAAGCACUCACGGAGCCCCCGAGUUAUGGGGCCUGGGGAGGCCCACAGCCAGCACUCCCAACGUGGCUGAGCCUUGCCCUUGCUUUGGGGAACGCUCUUGGCCUAUGUGUAGCCCAGGCUACCCUGCCUUAUGUGUGACACCCGGAAGCCCGCUGCCACUGUCCAGCCGGCCUCCCCUGGCUCUUUGGCUCUUUGGUGUCUUUCGAUGUCCCCAGCAGAGAGCGACAGCAGCCAGUCCUGCACUGAUGCCACUUUAGCUAGGAAACAGACUUAAUGGGACCCACUGCACUGCGAUGUAUGCAAAUUCACGUGGCCUUGGGUGUGGCCUGCACCUGACUUGUGCCAGUGUGAGCGGCCUGGGGGGGAGUGUUUUGGGAAGCACAUUCUCAUCUUGUAGCCAAAAACCAUCCCCAUCUCCUGUGUUUGCCCCGUAUCCACACCUGACCUGGUGCUCCUGGGAAGGGUUGGUACUGCUGCUGGAGCCCAGAUCCAGACCUGCCCUGGAAUUCUGAUAGAGUUGGGAGCAGCUCCCCACAGGGGUGAAUUCCCCUUCUUACCCUGGCUUCUCAGUAGCUUUCAACCCUUGUGUGGACUGUACACUCAAAGGUGGGGAUGGGGGACACCAGACACCUGCCACUUAAGUGGAUGGGACCCUAGACUCAGACCUUCUCCCUCCCACAUUUCCUUUUCCCUUGCUUAGCCCUCCACAAGGAACCUAGGCUCAGGCUACAGCUGCCCUGGCUCACCCCUGGCUGGUGGAGUCCUGUGGAUUCUGGAAUAUGAACCUUGUUAAAUGCAGAUUAAGUGGUCUCAGGCCAGGUUCUCCCCCAGAUCGGUGUUCUUAUCUUUAAAAAAGGUUGGGGGGUGGGAGACUGAAGGGCUGGAGAGAUGGCUUAGUGGCUAAGGCACUUGCCUGGGGACCUAAGGACCCAUGUUCAGUGUCUCUCCAGAUCCCAUGUAAGC